UGUGUUUGUAACUGCAGUACAAAUUGUACAGUCCUACAGUCAAUCUAUAACUUCUCACUCUCUGCUGUUAUUCCUUUUUCAGUGGGCGAUCCCAAUCUUCUUGGAAUAAAUUUCUGGAAAAACGAGUCCGAGUCCCCAAAGGGCAGUCUGACAGGAGAGGAAAGCCCUUUCUGCGAAGAGUGGGGGCCCUCCAGGCUUGAUGUGGAUCACGGGAGGAGGGCGGGGGUGCAAGAGACGCUGGGGAAAGAAGGAGGUCAUCGGGGGUCGGUGCAGGGAGAGGUGAGCUCGGGCCCUGGAGGGGGGCAGAUGGGCAGGCGAGGGGGAGGCGCCGCCCGCUCCUUCCUAACCCACUGGCUCUCCGCUGCCGGCGGAGGUCCGGCACCGCUGCUGGCGGUUUUCUCUCGCACGCUCGACCUGAUGGUGCGCGAAGCGGCCGAGAUGAACCCACCAGAGGGCCAGCAGCCCCUCAGCGCUCGCGAUCUCUUGGACGCGGCAGCCACUUUCUGCGACAAUAACCGGAGCCUCUUCCCGACCUCGCAGGCGCCGAAAGUCCCGCCCCACGGCGGCCACGGCCUGGGCGACUCGAGCGGCGGCGGCGGCGGCCCUUAUCUGUGGCUCAACGGUGCGCCCAUGGCGCACAGCCCCUACUUGGCCGCUCCCAACGGCGCGUCCGGCCCCGUCGUGCCCUCGGCGGCUUAUGGGACGGGCGCCAGGCAGCUGCUGGCCGCCCAAGCGGCGGCCCCCGAGCUCAGCUGGCUGUCCCUGGCCGGCCAGCAGGACUUCUUCAAGCUGGUGCGGCCGCCCUACUCGUACUCGGCGCUGAUCGCCAUGGCCAUCCAGAGCGCGCCGGCCAAGAGGCUCACCUUGAGCCAGAUUUAUCAGUACGUGGCCGGCAACUUCCCUUUCUACAAGAAGAGCAAAGCCGGCUGGCAGAACUCCAUCCGCCACAACCUCUCCCUCAACGACUGCUUCAAGAAGGUGCCGAGGCUGGAGGACGACCCAGGUAAAGGAAAUUAUUGGACCCUGGAUCCCAACUGUGAGAAGAUGUUUGAUAAUGGCAACUUCAGAAGGAAGAGGAAAAGACGAUCUGAUGCAGCUGGUGGGCCUGGAGUCAAUAACAAAGUGGACGAGAAAAGUAACAGUUGUCUUGUUCAGCCAAGCCCUGAACCUCGCAGCUUGGGCUCUGGUGAGCUGCAGUGCUCUCUGGGAUCUAGGAAUGACUGCAAAUCCCACAGCUUGGACUCUAGCCAUUGUUUCUCCACAUUUGUCUCAACCAUGAACGUUGUGGCCCAUGGCCGGAAUGGUUUCCCCAGACAGCUUCCUGGUGGGCCAGUAUCCGAAUUCACAUCUGGGAGACAGAAUGGGCCCAAUUUGAACUCCUGCUCUCCUUCAAAUGGCAACCCAGCUUCAGCAUUUGAACUCAGUUCCCAGUCCCACUCCAGGAUGAAUUACUAUGCAGGUGUUGGUGGGCAGUCGAGCUGGCUCAACAGUCCUGUCUUGAGUACCUUUAGUGUGAACAAUCUGAUUUAUAGCAGAGAAGGGACAGAAGUUUAAAGUGAUGCUGAAAAGCUGGUGUUCCACAUUAGUCCCAUAAACCACAUUAGUGGUUCAGCAUCUAGUCAGGUUGCCUUAUGUAGGCAGCCUUCAGCAUUUACAGUCCUAUUUGGUUGAUUAAAUGCCAUCAAGUCAGUGUUGCCUCUUAGUGACCAUACAGAUUUUUCUCCAUAGAAAUCUGUUCCUAACAGGGUUUUUAAGGCCUUCAAAUGAUGCACUUAUUACCAAAGUAAUUGUGUCCGUCCACUUUACUGCUGGUCAUCCUGGACUUCUUUUUGCCUUCCCCAGAGAGUUAGGUCUUCAUAUAAUGUGUCCAGAAUAGGAUAAUUUGAACCUGGCCAUUUCUCUCUUGACCUCUUUAAAUCUGAUAUGAGAUCCAUUUUUAAAUGGUUUUAUCUUGAGUAGUUUAUCCUGUUCCUUCCAUUUGGUUUUUUUUUUUUUUUUGCAUCAUCUCUAUUAUUUUUUCUUCUCCUGUGUUCAUUCUGCUGUCUUUUAUUUUCACCUGUCCAUUAAAACAAAAAGUAAUAGCACAAAAUGCUGAAGGGAGUAUACUUAGACCUACUUUUGACUAAGGCAUAAACUCAGUUUAUCAUUUUACAAGCUGAAGUAUGAACUGAGAGUCAUUCAAAGGUUGAGAUACGGAGCCCUAAUCUACAGAAUUCUAUCCAUCGAAAAACAGUUUGAUGGCACAGUUCUUAGAGUUCCCACAGAAUAAUCUCCAAUCAGAAUAUAUUAUCCAUUAAUUAGUGGCAAGAGAUGCCACUAAUUUUGAUUUUCAUCACAUACCAAAUAUUUUGUGUUUGCUUCAUAGAUCACUAACUUUCUAUGUCUUAUAACAGCUGCUUUUCUGGAAAUUAAAUGUAAUUUAUCAACUUGUGAGAAUGGUAAAUAUUUCUUAACAAUCCAUUCAUUUUCUGUUACACAUACAUCAUCAUCUUUAUCAACAACAAUCAUCUAAUCCUUAACAUAUAUUUGAAAAUGCAUCCGAUUUACUUUAGACUUUUUCAAGGAACUAUGCAAAAGUCCUGAUAAUUUCAUUUAAUGUUCCAGCAUCCAAUCAUUUGGUAGUUUUUUUAUAAGCUCAAUAUUGUGCCUUAUGGACUAAGCUCCUCAGUUUUUUUUUUAAAGUGCACUAAUCAAUAACAGAAAUAUUUUGGAAAUUGUAUAUUACAGAUGUAGACAUCAAGCUUAAGAAAGUAGGUAUAUUUUGAGAAAUAUUGGAGACAUUUUUUAUAUUUUAAAUGUAUAAUGUUGCUGACCAUAAAAUGAACAAAAUAAAAUGUUGUUCUAAUUUAA